UAAUACUAAGUUCUUUGUACUAGCAUUCCAUUCCUCAUAGUAACAAUGAAUACCAUCUUCUCUUCUUUUUCUUCUAUUCUAUACCUUCUCCUUUUUUCUUGGUUUUCAGUGGAGUCUGCAGUGCUACCAGAUGAUGUAUUGGCUCAACAAAAAGCUGACCUUGUAGGUCGUCUUCCGGGGCAACCUCCGGUGAACUUCCGACAAUACGCCGGGUAUAUUACUGUCAACGAAAGCCAUGGCAGGGCUCUCUUCUACUGGUUCUUUGAAGCCACUCACAAAGUUGAGGAAAAACCUCUUCUUUUGUGGCUCAAUGGAGGGCCAGGUUGCUCAUCGGUUGGGUUCGGUGAAGCCGAGGAACUUGGACCUUUUCUGAUGCAGAAAGGUGUGCCAGAACUCAAAUUCAACAAACAUUCAUGGAACAAAGAGGCUAAUUUGCUGUUCUUGGAAGCACCUGUUGGUGUUGGGUUUUCUUACACUAAUACAAGCUCUGAUUUACUUCAUCUUGGAGACAGUUUCACUGCAAGUGAUUCAUAUGCAUUCCUUGUGAAUUGGUUCAAAAGGUUUCCUCAAUUCAAGUCCCAUGACUUCUACAUUGCUGGAGAGAGUUAUGCAGGACAUUAUGUUCCCCAACUUUCUGAGAAAAUUUUUGAUGCCAACAAAGAAAGUGCAGAGAAUUAUAUAAAUUUCAAAGGGUUCAUGAUAGGGAAUGCCCUAAUGGAUGACGAAACUGAUCAACGGGGAAUGAUUGAUUAUGCUUGGGACCAUGCCGUUAUCUCUGAUAAAGUCUACUUUGGUGUCAAGAAGAGCUGCAACUUCAGUGUGCCUGACAGCAAAAUAUGCAAUGCAGCAUUGGACAAAUACUUUGAUGUCUAUAAUUUAAUAGACAUGUAUAGCUUAUACGCACCGACUUGUGUUAAUAGCUCAAUCAGUUAUUCAAGACAGAUGAAUAUGAUUGAAGGGGUUGCUCCGAAACUUUUCUCUAAAUACAGAGGAUGGCAUCAAAAGCCAGCAGGAUAUGACCCAUGUGUCUCAGAUUACACUGAAGUUUAUUUUAACCGGCAAGAUGUGCAAGAAGCUCUGCAUGCAAACACGACAAAAAUCCGAUAUAAUUGGACUCAUUGCAGUGAUGUGAUCACCAAAUGGAAGGAAGCUCCAUCUUCAGUACUGCCAGUAAUACGAAAACUUGUUGAUGGAGGAGUAAGAGUCUGGGUUUUCAGCGGUGACACUGAUGGGAGGAUUCCAGUGACAGCUACAAGAUAUACACUAAGAAAGCUUGGUCUCAAGAUUCUCCAUGAUUGGAAGGCAUGGUACAAUAAUGAGCAGGUUGGUGGAUGGAGAAUUGUAUAUGAUGGGCUAACAUUUGUAACAAUCCGGGGAGCAGGACACCAAGUGCCAACAUUUGCACCAAAACAAGCACGCCAACUUGUUAUACAUUUCUUGGCCGGUCAACAGCUUCCUUCUUCAGCAUUUUAGGAUUAUUGCCUUCCUCAUGAUUAUUAAUUCUUGCUCAUAAGUUUCAAAUACAGAAAGAAAAGUGACUCAAAUAAAACUUGGAAUUUGUAUAGACUGUUUGAGCACUGUUUACCAUUUUCUGGUGUGGGUGAUCUAUUCAUGCAUGUAUUUUUAUAUAAAUGCUUCUUAAGUGUUUAUUGUUAUUA